AUGCGAGUGAUCUUAGAAGCUGGUGUAUUUUGGUCCUUUCACCAAAUGCAUCAUUCUUCGGAGUACUAUAACUUGAGCACUGCGCUGAGGCAGGGAGCCAUGCAGGAUGUUGCCACUAUGUUGUUCGAUUUAAUGCAAGCCACUGUUAUUCCACCAAAUGUCUUCCUAGUGCAUCGUUAUUUAAAUCUCAUUUAUCAAUUUUGGCUGCAUGCUAGCGAUGUUGCCACUAUGUUGUUCGAUUUAAUGCAAGCCACUGUCAUUCCACCAAAUGUCUUCCUAGUGCAUCGCUAUUUAAAUCUCAUUUAUCAAUUUUGGCUGCAUGCUAGCGCUGUUCCUUAUUUGGGCCCAUUAGAGUACUUUUUCAAUACACCUUCAAGUCAUCGUGUACAUCAUGGCAGGAAUCCAUACUGUAUUGACAGAAAUUAUGGUGGUACCUUGAUUAUCUGGGAUAGACUAUUUGGCACCUAUGAAGCUGAGCGCAAAGGAGAAGAAAUUGCAUAUGGUCUAGUUACACCUGUUGCUUCGUUUGAUCAGCUAUGGUGCCAGUUUUUCGAAUUUAAAGCGCUCGGAUAUGACAAAGGACAAAUGAAGGAUAUGAACGGAAAAGAGAUAUUUCCAGGAUUUUGGAACAAGAUGAAAUUCAACGGGGAGAGAGAAGGGGGUGCGAGGGCUACGGUAAAAAGUGCCUUAGUUACCACAACGAACCUUCGACAUACACUUUUUGUUGCAGUGAGGAAGUACACCCUUACAUAA